AUGCGCCUAUCCACCCACAAGAAUCGGUACGAGAGUGGAGGACACUUCCGGCCACACAAGGACACCGAAAAGGAGGCCGGGAUGUUCGGAACACUCGUGGUGCAGCUACCGACCGCCGCCGGGCACAAUGGUGGUGCUUUGAUCGUGCGCCACCGCCGUCAGCAGCGUGUCUUCGCCUGGGAAGACCCGGACGGGAGCUACGCCCAGAGGCUUGGGGGUGGAGCGGCGGCAGCUGUGGCCGGAACGGCAGCCGGCGCACCGACCGAAGCAGCGGACGAGGUUGGCCGGGGCAUGGCCAGCACUCCGCCCUCUUCUCUUCCGGUGCGUUGCGCGGCGUUCUACGGCGACUGUGAGCACGAGCUGCAGACGAUCACGAGCGGCGUGAGAUUGUGCCUCCUGUACAACCUCGUGCGGACCACGCCGGGUCCCCAGCCCGUCGCCGCGGUCGGCCAGAGCGGAUCGGCUGCGCAGCUCCGUCUCUCGGACGCAGUAGCUGCGUGGGGCCGUCCCGGCAGCAGCUGCGACGCCGCCAAGUUCAUCGUUCCGCUCGCGCACGAGUACACGAAGGCCAGUCUUUCGUUCGGCGGUCUGAAGGGUCGGGACCGUGCGAUGGCGGACUCUCUGCGCGCGUGCAGGGAUCUGGACCUGUACCUGGUAACGAUUGUGAAGCACGAGAGCGGCACCGCGCAGGAGGACCCCUAUGAACGAAGCAGGUACUACAAGCGUGAAAAACGUCACAAACGAUCUAGGUGCUGGGGCUUCGGUUGCGAGGAGGACGACGACGAAGACGGAGAAGGUUGCGGGUGCUGCGGCGAAGACGAGUCCGACGACGAGUCAGACCCUGAAGAUAAGGAAAUGGAGGAGGUACACGAAACGACCAUAACGGCGGAGGACUGGGUGGAUGGUGACGGCGAUUUGCAGAGUCCGGGCCCUGGCGUGGACAUCAAUGACCACGAGGUUCUUGGCUAUCUCCCGCUUGAAGACCCGGACGAAUCCGCCGAGGAGAGCGAUGAUGACGAUGAUGACGGGUGCGACUCCGCCGACGCGAAAGGCCUUGAUCUCCUGUUCCCCCCUGAUACCGAGCCGACCGAGCGAGAGUACGAGCGUUAUACAGGCAACUGUAGCCCAACUCUAGACUUCUGGUACCACCGGGCGGCCCUCAUCUUCUGGCCCAGCUCAGCAAAGAUGCGCGUGGAGCUGGAGAACGGGCCUAGCUCCGCUCUCAGGGUCGCCCGCAAGCGCUUUUCCGAGUACGGCGACGCCGGCGAACUGCCCUUGGCGGAUCUCGCCAUGAUAGUUUCCCUCGCCGAGACUAAACGAGAGAAGCCGCACCGUCAAGGCUCCUACUAUUCGUCGGCGCCGCCCUCCGGCCAUGUUUUCAUGACCGACGCGCGGGACACGGCAGAUGUGCUCGCCCUGUGCUCGAGAGCCGGCGCGGCAGCCCUCGACUCUUCUCGCCGCUUGCUGCGGCUCCUAGCGGGCGGUACAUCGGGCGCGGUCGGGACUCCAGGCCUGGUAUCGGAGAGGGUGUCGCGGGGAGUGGCGGCGCUAGUGCGGGCGGUUGGGUGGCAAGCGAUCGGGGGCGAAGUGAUUCGGGUGGUCAAGGCUUGCAGUCUCGAACACGCGGGAAAUGUGGCCGUGCUUGUCGAAGAGCUUUCGACGCUGGUUCUUCCCCGGCAACAGCAGCCGGAGCUUCAGCAGGAGGGCGCUGGUGUCAAGGGUAAGGCCCAAGCGUCGCAGCAGUCUGAGCUUCAGGACGGUGUUGAUGUCAAAGCUGAGGUCCAGGCGGCGCAACAGCCUGUGCUUCAGCACGGUGUUGACGAUGUCAAGGCUGAGGUCCAAGCGUCGCAGCAGCCUGCGGUUGAGGACGGUGUUGAUGUCAAGGCUGAGGUCCAAACGGCGCAGCAGCCUGUGCUUCAGGACGAUGUUGGCGAUGUCAAGCCUGAGGUCCAAGCUGUGCAGCAGCCUGGGCUUGAGCAAGACGGCGCUGGUGUCAAAGUUGAGGCCCAAGCGUCGCAGCAGCCUCAGCUUCAGGAUGGCGUUGAUGUCAAAGCUGAGGUCCAAGCUGUGCAGCAGCCUGGGCUUGAGCAAGACGGCGCUGGUGUGAAGGCAGAGAUCCAAGCUGCGCAGCAGCCUGUGCUUCAGCAGGAAAAAAGCAGUUCGACGGGCGCUCUGAUCGCCAGCACCUAUGUACAAGGCAUCACCUCCAACCCUGGCGCUCUCGAGCGAGUGACCUCGAAGGAGGUGCCCACCAUCGUCCGCCUGCUGCUCCUCGACCUUCCCUGCUUCAGCGUCAACGCUAGCAGCGGUGUCAACCCUGUCCUCGCGUUAUUUUCCAAAUCGGGAGCUGUCCAUCUGCCGACAGAUGUCUUGGCCAAGUCGGUUCACGAGUUCCGCGGCCGGCUGGACGGCACGGUAGCCGCUGCUUCAAGCACCGGGAGAUCCAUUCCCGCCGUCACGUCAGGCACCGUCGCCGCUGCCUCAACUUCUACCGCAGCCGCCACAGGCGCCGGGGGAGGGCAGCCUCCCCCCCAUCACUCGUCCGCGGUGGUCACCCUUGCUACGGGGCUCUACUCGCGUGGGUUCCAAGACGUGGCCGCGGCGGCGGUCAAGACGUUCGCUGAGGAUGUGCUGUGGCUGACGGCAAGCAUCGACAGCACCGGCGGGUUGGAGCAGGGAUUCGUCGGUGCAAUGGUGAUGGGCACGAGAAGCGGCGACCCUAGUCAGAUCUACAGGAGCCAGGGGAAGCUGAAGGCGGUGCUCGAAUCGAAGGCCGUGCAGGCCGCCGUUCGUGGCGGUGGUGGGGCUGGCGGCGGCAAGAAAGGCUCUGAAGUCUUCUGGAGGGCCUUGGUGUCGGAGCGACUGGUGAACCUGGAGGCGCAGGCCGCGCCCAAGCUGUGCUGGCGACAGCCGAACGCGGUUUUCUCGAAAGAUCCACAGAUACAGCACUUCCUACGCGGACCGCAGAGCACCAUGAUUUACCGUGGCACCCGCGGUUCUCCCUUCACGAGCAUCGCCCAAGCCAGGACAUUCUCUUACAGCUUUUACGGGGUCAACGCCAAGGCUGUCGCGCGAGGCGCCGGCCGGGGAGCACACGUCGAGAUCGCCAAGACCAAGGAUCUGUACGAAAAGAAAGUCAAGGCCCACAAGGAAGUCCGAGCGGAGGUCGCCCUCCUACGCUCCCUCCUAAAGAGCAUCGGGAGUAGGGGGGGGGGUGCUACGGCAGGUGGGGCCAACGAAGUGAGUCGUCCCACGGCCCCUCUCGCUCCCGUUAGCAGGAACGUGGCCGGUGUCUCCAGAGCAGCAGAAGCCGGUAACGGUAAGAUUGGUGCUGCUGGGCGGCGCCCAAAGCGAGAGGUGAUUGAUUUGUGCGACAGCCCGUGA